AUGGCCGCCUCGCUCGAAGAUCUCCGGAACGAGAGUGUGGAUCUUGAGGCGAUCCCGAUCGCGGAGGUGUUCUCAGUGCUCCAGUGCUCGCCGCACGGCCUCUCCGUCGACGAUGCCGCCCGCCGCCUCGAGACCUUCGGUCCCAACAAACUCGAGGAGAAGAAGGAGAGCAAGUUCCUCAAGUUCCUGGGGUUCAUGUGGAACCCACUGUCGUGGGUCAUGGAAUCCGCUGCCAUCAUGGCCAUCGCCCUCGCCAACGGCGGCGGCAAGCCCCCGGACUGGCAGGACUUCGUGGGCAUCGUCACCCUCCUCAUCAUCAACUCCACCAUCAGCUUCAUCGAGGAGAACAACGCCGGCAACGCCGCGGCGGCGCUGAUGGCGAGCCUGGCGCCGCAGACCAAGGUGCUCCGGGGCGGCAAGUGGUCGGAGCAGGACGCCGCCAUCCUCGUCCCAGGAGACAUCGUCAGCAUCAAGCUCGGAGACAUCAUUCCCGCCGACGCGCGGCUUCUCGAAGGUGACCCUCUCAAGAUCGACCAGUCGGCACUCACCGGUGAGUCCAUGCCCGUCACCAAGAUCCCCGGCGACCCCGUGUACUCGGGUUCGACGUGCAAGCAGGGCGAGAUCGAGGCCGUCGUCAUCGCCACCGGCGUCCACACCUUCUUUGGCAAGGCCGCCCACCUCGUCGACUCCACCAACAACGUCGGCCACUUCCAAAAGGUUCUGACGGCGAUCGGAAAUUUCUGCAUCGUCUCAAUCGCCGUCGGCAUGCUGGUAGAGAUAAUCGUCAUGUACCCGAUCCAGCACCGGGCGUACCGCGACGGCAUCGAUAACCUGCUCGUGCUCCUCAUCGGCGGAAUCCCGAUCGCCAUGCCCACCGUGCUCUCCGUCACCAUGGCCAUCGGAUCGCACCGCCUCUCGCAGCAGGGCGCCAUCACCAAGCGGAUGACCGCCAUCGAGGAGAUGGCCGGCAUGGACGUGCUCUGCAGCGACAAGACGGGCACCCUCACGCUCAACAAGCUAACCGUCGACAAGAACAUGAUCGAGUCCUUUGUCAGGGACGUGGACAAGGACGGCGUGGUGCUCUACGCUGCCCGGGCUUCGAGGACGGAAAACCAGGAUGCCAUCGACGCGUCCAUCGUCGGCAUGCUCGCCGACCCCAGUGAGGCCCGCGCUGGCAUCCAGGAGGUGCACUUCAUGCCCUUCAACCCUGUGGACAAGCGCACGGCCAUAACCUACGUUGACGGCGCCGAUGGGACGUGGCACCGCGUCAGCAAGGGUGCGCCUGAGCAGAUCAUUGAUCUGUGCGGGCUGCGUGAGGACGUCCGCCGGCGCGUGCACGCCAUCAUCGGCAAGUUCGCCGACCGUGGGCUGCGGUCGCUCGCCGUGGCGCGGCAGAGCGUGCCGGAGCGGAGCAAGGAGGGGAAGGGGUCUCCGUGGCAGUUCCUCGCCGUGCUGCCGCUGUUCGACCCACCGCGGCACGACAGUGCAGAGACCAUCCGCCGCGCGCUCCACCUGGGUGUGAACGUCAAGAUGAUCACGGGUGACCAGCUGGCCAUUGGCAAGGAGACUGGACGCCGCCUCGGCAUGGGCACCAACAUGUACCCCUCGACCUCUCUCCUCAAGGGCGGCGACAGCUGCGGCAUGGACGUCGACGAACUCAUCGAGAAGGCGGACGGCUUCGCCGGCGUGUUCCCGGAGCACAAGUACGAGAUCGUGCGACGGCUGCAAGAGCGGAAGCACAUAUGCGGCAUGACUGGGGACGGCGUAAACGACGCUCCUGCGCUCAAGAAGGCAGACAUCGGCAUUGCGGUCGCUGAUGCCACCGACGCCGCCCGGAGCGCGUCGGACAUCGUGCUCACGGAGCCCGGGCUGAGCGUGAUCAUCAGCGCCGUGCUGACGAGCAGGGCGAUAUUCCAGCGGAUGAAGAACUACACCAUCUACGCUGUGUCCAUCACCAUCCGCGUCGUUCUGGGCUUCCUACUCCUCGCGCUCAUCUGGCAGUUCGACUUCUCGCCGUUCAUGGUGCUCAUCAUCGCCAUCCUCAACGACGGCACCAUCAUGACCAUCUCCAAGGACAGAGUCAAGCCGUCGCCGACCCCCGACUCGUGGCGCCUCAAUGAGAUCUUCGCCACCGGCAUCGUCCUGGGCACCUACCAGGCCCUCGCCACCGUCCUCUUCUUCUGGGCCGUCUACUCCACCGACUUCUUCACGAGGAUAUUACACGUGCACCCGAUUGGCGGGAGCACGGAGGAGCUGAUGGCAGCGGUGUACCUGCAGGUGAGCAUCAUCAGCCAAGCGCUCAUCUUCGUGACACGAUCGAGGAGCUGGUCGUACGUGGAGCGGCCGGGUGCCCUGCUCGUGCUGGCGUUCAUGGCGGCCCAGCUGGUGGCGACGCUGAUCGCCGUGUACGCAGACAUGCCAUUUGCCAAGAUGAAGGGCGUCGGAUGGGGCUGGGCUGGCGUCAUCUGGCUCUUCUCCAUCGUCACCUACGUCCCGCUCGACGUGCUCAAGUUCGCCAUCAGGUACUUCCUCUCCGGCAGGGGGUGGAGCAACGUGUUCGACGGCAAGACGGCGUUCGCGCAGGGGGUGGACUACGGCACGGACAAGCGCAAGGCGGAGUGGGCUGUCGCGCAGAGGUCGCUGCACGGCCUGCACGCACCCAGCGACGGUGCCGAGCCGUCCGGCGUUGGCGCCAGCGAGGAUAAGAGCGAGCUCUCGGAGCUCGCCGAGCAGGCCAAGCGGCGCGCCGAGAUCGCCAGGCUGAGGGAGCUGCACACGCUCAAGGGCCACGUUGACUCCGUGGUGAAGCUCAAGGGGCUCGACAUCGAUACCAUCAACCACAACUACACAGUCUGA